AUGAAUCCAUUGACUUUGAGCAGCCACAUACAUAAAGACGAUGAAACUAAUAUAUUUAAGAACAUGGAAAUUUGUUACAUAACUCAACAUCUCAACAUUCAUAAGAGUUUCAUAGAAAAUGAAAAUGCUGAUUCAGACAACGUGAUCUUUAUUGUUGUCGAACACUUUAUCUAUCUCGACACAACAAACAUCAGGCAAAAGAAAAGAACUGAUGACGAUGAUGAUUUACUAACGAUAGACAUGAACGACUAUGGCAUAGAAAUGAUGGUGAUUGAAGUUAAAAUGAAAUCGGUUACAACGACUGUUGAUUGGAAUUUAGAUAAGAAUCAAAACAUCAGACAGGAAUAUAAAACUGAUACUUCUACAUUUCAUGGGUUAAUUAUGGGGUCUUGGUCGAUCGGAUCGUUGAACACAAAUUGA